AGUUCCAACAGAACCCACUAACCUGGGGGCGCGGGGAGUACCAGGUACGUUCGUCUGUCAUGGAACUGUCACUUCUGCAGAACGACAUCCCCGUGGCCUUCAACAACCUGACUGAAGACUUCAACAUCACCAUUCCGGGCAGCCCCGGACACAAACCGGCGACGACUACCAUCACCUUCCCUGCUCCGGGAAACCAAAGUUCGAGCUACCAUCUGCUGAACCUCAACAGCACCGCAGAAGGAUUCCUGGUCACAAUCACCCCGCUGAACACAAGCGUGGUGUACGGCGUGUGGGGCAGGUACGGCGGCCGCCCUGGCGACCAAAACUACAACGUGUCCACGGAGACGUACGUCCUACCCGAGCAGUGUGCCUUGAUGAAAACUCUGAGUGUCGAUGAAGACACCGGGAAGACAGCGGCAACAAUGUUCAUCCCGGGAGAGGAUCGUCCUGUGGAUUACUACAUCAGGGUCCAAGUACGUGGACCAGUGACCGAGUGUGGUAUUGAUAAACAAGCUGACAGGAAGGAGUCACACACCAGUUACCCGUACUCCUACCAGAUCCAGUGGGCCCGUCUGAACUGCGUCUACUGGAGCGAGACCCAGGAAGACUGGAGGACGGACGGCUGCACGAUAAGCGAGCAGUCCACCAUUACCAGCACCGUCUGCCACUGCAACCAUCUGACGGCCUUCGGAAGCGACUUCGCCACACCGCCGAACACGCUCGACUUCGGGCGGUUGGAUUUCAGUGAUUUGGUGGACAACGGCGCCGUUGUGACCACCGUCCUCGUGGCGCUCUGUCUGUACUCGCUCACAUCAGCCCUGAUGAAGAUUGCCGAGCGAGGAGGAAAAAGGGAGUUACAUCACACUGUAAGGUUGGACGACCUUCAGAACGGCUACCUGUACCGCCUGCUCAUCUGGACAGGUGCAGCUAGGCAUGCUGGGACAGAGUCCACCGUCGCCUUCAAGCUGGUCGGAGGUGAAGCAAACUCUGAUGUGAGACUGGUCAACAUCGCAGAGAAGGUCUUUACCCGAGGCAGCCAGGUGACGCUGACCUUCAGCACAGCAGAACAGCUGGGUAACGUGGAGCAGCUGCAGCUCAUGCAUGACAACAGUGGGGAGGGGGGCCGUGCAUCGUGGCACGUGGAUAGAGCAGCAGUGGAGGAUCUCAACACAGGCAAACUGUCCUAUUUCUUCUGCGGAGAGUGGCUGGCAGCCGACUGCGGGGACGGGCAGGUGGUGAAGACCUUUCCUGUCGCCUCUGAGGAGGACCUGCGAUCCAUCGGGUUCCUGUUUCCGGCAAGUCUGCGGAGCAAUCUGGCAGAGGAACACCUCUUCCUGUCCGUCGCUAUCAUGCCUGAAGGUAGCACGUUCACCCGAAGCGAGAGGUUCGGCUGCUGUCUGAGUCUUCUCCUCAUGUCCAUGGUGGCCAGCGCCAUGUGGCUGGGAGAUGAAACAAACACCCAGGUUGUGCAGGGCUUCAGCCUGGGGCCGUUCUCCUUCACCCUGAAUGGAGUCUACACGGGAAUCAUGACCAGCCUCACCUGCCUUCCCGUCAUCAUGGCCAUAGUCCUGCUGUUCCAGUACAGCCGACCCAGCAACAAGGGUGACACCCGGGUCAGAGAUGUGGAGAUGGGUGUUUCAGCUGAGCUGGCCACGCAGCAAGAACCAGCCAAGGGCCUGCCGCACUGGUGCAAGUACGUGGCCUGGGUGCUGGUGGUGCUGUCUGCCGUGGGGUCAGCUGUCUUCACCGUGCUGUACAGUCUGGAGUGGGGCAAGGAGAAGUCCGAGAGGUGGCUGUCUGCCUACUUCACCACCUUUCUGGUGGACAUGGUCCUUAUGCAACCAGCGAAGAUAUUGCUCCUCAGCAUCUUGGCUUCCUCCGUGCGCAAGACGCAGGUCGCUGAGAAGAUGUUUGAGGAGAAGCGGGGCCCCGCUUCGAUUGAAGCCAGCGCGGCGUCUUCACAAAGGGAGGCGGGCUUCAACUGCGAUGCAUUUCGCACGCGGAGGAAGAUGGAGAGACUCUCCAUGACGUCCCUUGCCAACAUCAAACAAGCGCGAAGGAGGCAGCGCAGGGACAGGAGAUUUGGGGAAACCGUGUGGGACGUCGCGUGGUUCUGCUGUUUCCUCCUGCUCGUGCUCAGCAUCGCUGGCGAACACCACAACACCACAGAGGGUUUCCAUCAGACACGGAGCACAACCAACACCUUCCUGCAGUCUGUGGACGAGGUAAAUGAUCCUCUCACCUUCUGGUCUUGGCUGCAUGAGACCGCUCUGGAGAGCUUCUACCCGGAGACGUCCUACAAUGGCGACAAGCCCCGCUGGUCUGAGAAGGGCUUCACAGCUGACAUGCAGACAGUCCUUGUCUUCCCGCCCAGCCUGAUCCAAGGCCGAGUGAUGCAAGGGCCGUGCGCGGUGCCUGUGACAAUGCAGCACCUGUUUGACGAAUGUUCCUCAGCGUAUGAUGAACACACCAAGGAGACCGGAGCGUUUGCGGAGGGGUGGAAAAGGGUCAGGAACGCGUCAGCGAUGGAAUCAGCAGCCACCGGAUGGACCCACCUCCCCAGCGGAUACCCCAGUCUCCCCAUCUACGGUGUGACCACGCACUACUGGGGAGACGGCUUCGGUCUGCACCUGGGAACAUCAGCAGACGAGAUGCGCAGCAUCCUAGCGGAGCUAAAAGCCAACCGUUGGAUCGACAAGAGGACGAGGGUCAUCUUCUUGGAAGCGAUGCUCUACAACGGCAACGUGGAUCUGUUCACAUCGCUGACGGUGGUGUUCGAAUUCUCCGAGACGGCCGGAGUUUUCUCCCGUCACCACGUGCAGACCUUCCGACUUCGUCAACGACCGGGGACAAUGGGAUACAUCUACGUCUUGCUUGAAAUCAUUUACGUCAUCAUUCUCCUCUACACGCUGUGGAGGGAGGCGAAAACUGCACGCGCAGCCGGCUUGGCCUACCUGAAGGGGCCAUGGAAUAUUGUCGAAAUCUUCAACUUCUUCUUGGCAUUCGUUGUCAUUGCCUUGUAUGGGUUUAAGAAAAUCUGCAGCUCCAAGGCUCUGGUGGCGAUAAAGGAAGGAAAAGAUCAAGUCCACCAUCUCCGAUCAGCGGUGGACAUAAGCCAGGUUUACGGCUGGUUCCUGGCCUUCCUUGCGUUUGUCAACAUGAUGAAGUUCCUCCGGCUGUUGAGGUUCAACCCGUUCCUCGCCAAGCUGAUGUCCGUGUUCCGCGGGAUGGCGGGGGAGUUCUCCUCCUUCAUGUUCCACUUCUUCUUCUGGAUGUCAGCUUUCGGCGUCUACGCAUAUCUCAUGUUCGGCCUUACUGUGGUAGAAUACAGCUCCAUCAGCAAGUCCUUCUCGACCCUGUUCCAGAUGUCCCUGGGAAACUUCUACUACUACCAACUACGGGAGGCAGCCCCCAUCCUCGGCCCUAUCUUCUUCUUCGCGUUCAUCAGCAUCAUCUUCCUGGUGCUGAUGAACAUCGCCAUGGCGAUCAUCGACAGCGCCCUCCCCGAUGUGCGGAACCACGUCAUGCCUGAGGAGGACCGGUACUUCAUCCAGGGGUUGUGGGAACGCUUCACGGCCUUCUUCGGCUUCUGGAAAGCGCCAGCCACAGAUGACGACUCCAUGGACACUCUUCAUGACAGUCUGGCCGAGCUGGAGAUCAAAGUGGAGAAACUGUGGCUGAAGAGGCAGUCGCUCUUCAACCUCAAGAUGAGAGAUGCGGACCUCCCCGCAGAGCCUGAGUUUGUCCCGGCUGUUCCCGACGCUGCAGCGGGGGAACUUCAUGUUCGCCACCGCGUCAUCAAGGUCCGCACUGCCUCCCCAAACAGCUGCACAGACAGAGGCAGUCAAGCGACCAGCUCCGAGAGCAAGGCGCCAGUCGUGGUGGCAUCCAGGUCCCCGACAAAGGAGGAGGACACCCCAGAAAGCCGCCAAACCAGCCAAGUCAGAAUAAUAACGUCCGUCCUAUCCAAAGGGGGGAAAAGUGACAAGAAGUCAACUAGGAGAGUUACUUUUACUCAGGUUGUUCUUGAUCGUCACACCGAGGAGCGUAAGGUAGAGUGGCCAGGUGUCAAGCUGAGCGCUCGUGACAAGGUGGCUCUAACAUUUGGCGAGAUGCUGACAGACAACCACAUCCAGGCCGCCCAGAGGCUGCUUUGCCGCCAGUACCCGGCACUCCAAGGGCUAGAGGCGCCUGCAGUUGGUCACUGUGAGGACGGAUUUGCCAAGAUGACAGGAAAGGCGCUACAAAUCCUCCACAAUGGUAACAUGCACUGGGUACUGUCGUCUUACACAGGCGGACAGGUGUGCCUGUUUGACAGCCUCGGCGUCGCCAUGACUCCAUCUCUGCAGAUCCAGCUUUACCAGUCCUACGCCGCGUUUGCUGACCAAGCAAGGAACGUCCUGACCGUCAUCUUCCCGGACGUGCAGCGUCAGAAGAACGUCUUUGAUUGUGGGCUGUUCGCCAUUGCCUGGGCAGUGGACAUCGCAGAGGGCCAAGACGUGAGCAGGGUUGUGUAUGACGACAGGAAGAUGAGGAGCCAUUUGGAGACGUGUUUCGAACAGGGGAAACUCACACCGUUUCCGCGUCUGACCAGCCGCAGGAAGGUCGGUCCAACCAAGGCACACCAAAUCUCGCUGGUCUGCCGCUGCGAACAAGGAGGGCGUCUGGGAAGGAUGGAGAGGUGCAAGGCAUGCCGGAGGAUCUUUCACGUCAGCUGCCUGCCAGUCAGCCCUCCCCGUGAUGGCACAUGGGCAUGUGGAGACUGCGCUAUGUAGAAAACUGUCUUUGUUGCAGCGCUAAAGCUACAGGGAAUAUGUGAAAUCUAGGGUAAAAUAACUAUUUCUUUUCCUGACGAAGUCAAGGAACAAAAGCACUCAAGGAUGAAAACGUGCCGUGGACAUCUCUGCAGUCACUGCAUAAAAUUGAACUGAAUACACCACUUUUACUGUUCAAUAGGAGUAUAUAUUUGAUGUGUGAUAUAAUUGUUGAACUGAUCACACCACCGUCAAUGUUCAAGAUGUGUUUAUUUGGCGUGUGAUAUUAUUGAACUGAUCACACCAAAGUUACUGUUCAAUGUGUGUUUAUUUAGUGUGUGAUAUUAUUGUUGAACUGAUCACACCAAAGUUACUGUUCAAGAUGUGUUUAUUUAGUGUGUGAUAUUAUUGUUGAACUGAUCACACAACCGUUACUGUUCAAUGUGUGUUUAUUUGGUGUGUGAUAUUAUUGUUGAACUGAUCACACCACCGUUACUGUUCAAUGUGUGUUUAUUUGGUGUGUGAUAUUAUUGUUGAACUGAUCACACCAAAGUUACUGUUUAAUGUGUGUUUAUUUGGUGUGUGAUAUUAUUGUUGAACUGAUCACACCAAAGUUACUGUUCAAUGUGUGUUUAUUUGAUGUGUGAUAUUAUUGUUGAACUGAUCACACCAAAGUUACUGUUCAAUGUGUGUUUAUUUGAUGUGUGAUAUUAUUGUUAAACUGAUCACACCAAAGUUACUGUUCAAUGUGUGUUUAUUUGAUGUGUGAUAUUAUUGUUGAACUGAUCACACCAAAGUUACUGUUCAAGAUGUGUUUAUUUAGUGUGUGAUAUUAUU